CGUACAGGGACGGGCGAUCACCACAGCCACACCACGAAUCACCCUGAUAGAACCAACCAUGCUAUCACCGGCGUGAAACAACCAGGCAGGCAUUUCUUCCUGUCUCCGUCAUGCUGAAUCUUUCUCUCCAGACUUCCUGCCGCCAUGGCAGCACAAUCGAAACCCCCUCUUCCUCCCAGAAACCCAUCAACCGCUUCCAAUGGGCUUGUGGGCUAUCUAUCGCCCUCCAUCAGUCCAGAUCCCAACUCAUCUAUCUAUCUCGGCGGUUUACAUGAUCCACGGGCAUCAUCAACCCAGUCGCUCCAACCUAUCAAACCAGUUGGCGACAAUCGCCGCACGUUGCUCGUUGUGUAUAUCCAUGGCUUUCUCGGCACGGAGACCAGCUUCAAGAGCUUCCCGGCUCAUGUUCAUAGCCUCUUGACUCCGGCUGUGGCAGAAACCCAUGUUGUCUACACGAAGAUCUAUCCUCGGUACAAGUCGCGUAGGAACAUUUCCUUCGCCCGAGAUGAUUUCAGCAAUUGGUUGGCUCCUCGCGAAUCGAGUACCACGGAUGUGAUAUUGGUCGGCCACAGCCUGGGAGGUAUACUCGCUGCCGAAGUGGUCUUGUUACCCUCCCAUUUUCCUCCGGGGAACAACAGUCUCUUCCAACAUCGUGUUCUUGGGCUCAUUGCCUUUGACACUCCAUUCCUGGGGAUGCACCCUGGGGUGGUGGGAACCGGUAUUGCCAGCUUAUUUCGGACUCCUCCUCAGCUCCCAGAUUCACAGCUACCUCAUCCAAGUCCCUUUUCAGAUGCCUCGUCAACGUCUCAGGAUCCAACAUAUAACCCCGCGUACUCCAAUGACGUUCAUCUGGCUAACAGGAAAGGCAAACUGCGAAGAGCCUGGUAUUUUUGGAACAAGCACUGCGGAGAAUUGGCGAAAGCAGCCGGAGAUUAUGUUUCUUCUCACCUCGAGUUUGGUGGCUGCCUUGCAGACUAUCCGGGCUUGAAGAGGCGCUAUAGUGCGAUUCGCGCUCUAGAGGACGUUGACGAGACGUUAGAGCCAAAAACGCCUGAAGGGAAGCUGAUGAAGCGCGUGAGGUUUGUCAAUUACUAUUCGGCAAGCACUGGGCCUAUCAGGGAGAGAUCGCCUUCUCCGGGCAAACAUCAAACAUUACUAGAACCUCCUACAACGGAACUUCAGGAUAUGUCCACACGACGGUCAUCCGGAGAAAGUCUUCAUCCCUCAACCCUCUCGAGCCCGCGCCUGUCUCUCGAAGAACAUCGUGACGGUGAGGUCAUUUCAAAAGACGUGGCCGAGCUCAAGAUCGAUCCAGAUCCACCAGUUUGUACUCCUGUCUCCAGCGCAAGUGAGCACACUUCGAUUUCGGGUUCAAUAUGCGAUAGCCGGGGCUCGGCAGAAGCCCUGUCUGUUGAACUGGGGUUACCACCACUUCCAGCAUUGCCGGAGCGACCGGCGGAAUUUGAUGCCAGCCAAUAUCACGACGAAGACACCCUCAAAUUGGUUCAAAAAGAACAUGAACGGCAAGUGCAGGCAUAUGAAAGGGCGGUGAAAGACUGGAACAAAUCCGUCAAAGAACGCGAAAAGCUAUCGCGAAAACGUCAGCGCAAGCAGCAGGAACAAGCGCUAAAGUCCACCACAGAGCAAGGAAUCCGGCUGCAAAAUGAGUUCCUCAAAACAUCUCCCACCGUGAACCCAGAAGACUAUGAGAAGCAGCUGCGGCAAGAUGCAAAAGUCUCUGGGCCUCCGCCAAAAAACGGAAAACCUCAGAAAGACCGCAAAUUUUGUGCUCUCCCCGCGGUAGAUCCGAAUACACGCAAGCGAGACGCAACAUGGAUUAGAGUAUAUAUGGGAGGGAUUGAUGAAGUGGCCGCACACACUUCGAUGUUCAACGAGUCAGAAACUUAUGCAAAACUCGUGGGAGACGUGGUUGAGAGAAUUGAGACGUGGGUCGCUGAGGAUGCGUCUGUACGGACAGUUCUCGCUGCGAUGGAGCAAUGAUUCUCGAUCCAAAAGCGCUGUUUAAUUAUUGAUGAGCACAUAAGAUACCCCAAUAUCUGAAUGAAAUGAUUAAGC